GGUUCCCUUCUGCACAGGCGCAGAAGCUCCUGCGUGUGGAAGCUGCGGCCCGGCGGGCGGGUAAAUAACAGAUGCGGGUAAAAGAUCCAUCAAAAGAUCUACCUGAGAAAGGCAAAAGAAAUAAAAGACCACUGCUACCUCAUGAUGAAGAUUCUUCAGAUGACAUUGCUGUAGGUCUAACGUGCCAGCACGUCAGUUAUGCUGUCAGUGUGAAUCAUGUGAAGAAGGCAGUAGCUGAGACUCUGUGGUCAGUUUGUUCAGAGUGUUUGAAAGAGAGAAGAUUCUGUGAUGGACAGCCAGUACUGCCUUCUGAUGUUUGGUUGUGCCUCAAGUGUGGUUUUCAGGGAUGCGGUAAAAACUCAGAAAGCCAGCAUUCACUGAGACACUUCAAGAGUUCUGGGACAGAGUCCCAUUGUGUUGUCAUUAGCCUGAGUACAUGGGUCAUAUGGUGUUAUGAAUGUAAUGAAAAAUUAUCGACGCAUUGCAACAAGAAAGUUUUGGCUCAAAUAGUUGAUUUUCUCCAGAAACAUGUUUUUAAAACACAAACAGGUGCAUUUUCUAGAAUCAUAAAACUUUGUGAAGAAAAACGUGAAGCAGGCGAAAUAAAGAAGGGGAAGAAAGGCUGCGCUGUGCCAUCUGUCAAAGGAAUUACAAACUUAGGAAAUACUUGCUUUUUUAAUGCAGUCAUUCAGAACUUGGCUCAGACUUACAUUCUUUUUGAACUGAUGAACGAGAUAAAAGAAGAUGGCACCAAAUUCAAGAUUUCUCUUUCGUCAGCUCCACAGCUGGAGCCGUUAGUGGUGGAACUCUCCAGCCCAGGACCACUGACUUCAGCCUUGUUCCUGUUUCUUCACAGCAUGAAGGAGGCUGAAAAAGGACCGCUUUCUCCUAAAGUUCUUUUCAACCAGCUUUGUCAGAAGGCUCCGCGGUUUAAAGGUUCCCAGCAGCAGGACAGCCAGGAGCUUCUGCACCAUCUGCUGGAUGCAGUGAGGACCGAGGAGACCAAGAGGAUACAAGCUAGCAUUCUAAAAGCAUUCAACAACCCAACUACCAAGACUGCUGAUGAUGAAACUAGAAAAAAAGUCAAAGCCUAUGGAAAGGAAGGUGUGAAGAUGAACUUCAUAGAUCGCAUCUUUAUUGGCGAAUUAACUAGCACAGUCAUGUGUGAAGAAUGUGCGAACAUCUCUACUAUGAAGGAUCCCUUCAUUGAUAUCUCACUUCCUAUCAUAGAAGAAAGGGUUUCAAAACCUGUACUUUUGGGGAAAAUGAGUAAAUGCAGAAGUUUACAAGAAACAGACCAAGAUCAUAACAAGGGCACCGUGACUGUAGAAAAUGCCCAUCAACCUAGAGCUGCCAGGAAGCACUCCUCACCUAGAGACAAGAAUCAACUAAGUCAUGACAGAAAACAUUUAAGGAAAUGGCCAUCUGAAGAAGAGAAAACUGUUGUCACAUACCCGAAGAAUGACAACUUGGAAGCCAGCCCGCCUGCCAGCACCCUCGGCACUGAGGCUUCGCUGAAUGAGAGCCCCACCGACGGCAGCGAGAGAGACGCCAGCGUAGACAGCAGCGUGGAUGCUGACAGCGAGGCUUCGGAGCCCGAGGGCGCCUCCAAGCCGCCGCCGGCUGUGCUGCUCCGGGCCAGGGGCGAUUCCUGCGGGCACACGGAGCAGCACCCACACCUCCCACUGGCAAGUGAAUUGCCGCACGCCCAGGAGACGCUCGGUGGCGAGGAGGAAAUGGCGGAAGCGAUUGCUGAACUUCAUUUGAGCGGCACUGUAACUGGAAAUAGAGAUUUCCACAGGGAAAAACAGCCACUAAAUGUCCCAAAUAAUUUGUGUUUUUCAGAGGGAAAACAUACGAGGCUUCACAGUGCCCAAAAUGCUUUUCAGACUCUUUCUCAGAGUUAUGUAACUACUUCUAAGGAAUGCUCAGUCCAGUCCUGUCUCUACCAGUUCACAUCCAUGGAGUUACUCAUGGGCAACAAUAAGCUGCUCUGUGAGGACUGUACUGAAAAGAGACGGAAGUGCCAAAAAGAAACCAGCUUUGCAGAAAAGAAAGCAGGAGGAGUUUAUACUAAUGCCAGGAAGCAACUCCUCAUAUCUGCUGUUCCCGCUAUCCUAAUCCUUCAUCUUAAAAGAUUCCACCAGGCUGGUUUGAGUCUUCGUAAAGUAAACAGACAUGUAGACUUUCCGCUUACCCUUGACUUAGCACCAUUCUGUGCGGCUACCUGUAAGAAUAUAAGUGUCGGGGAGAAGGUUCUCUAUGGUCUCUACGGUAUAGUGGAGCACAGCGGCUCCAUGAGAGGAGGCCACUACACUGCUUACGUGAAAGUGAGAGUACCCUCCAGGAAGCUGUCCGAGUGCAUCACCGGGAGGAAGAGUGCCGCAGGUUUGAAAGAACCUGAUAGUGAAUUGGGAGGCCACUGGGUCCACGUCAGCGACACUUAUGUGCAGGUGGUUCCAGAGUCAAGAGCACUGAGUGCACAAGCUUAUCUCCUUUUUUAUGAAAGAAUAUUAUAAUAUCUGUUCAUUGUUGUUUAGUUCAUUUUUAUUUUAAGGCUGAAGUCGUAACCAUAAUAUGUAACGUGCCUUUGUGGUCUUUAGGAAUAGCGUAUCCUUCCAGUGUUAUUUAACUCUUUCAAUAUGUGGUGAAUCCUUGAAAGAAAAUUAAUUAAUGUGACAGGCAGUUGUGCACGCCUUUAAUUCCAGCACUUGGGAGGCAGAGGAAGACAGAUCUCUGUUUGAGGCCAACUAGGGCUAUUCAAUAAAACCUUGUCUUGAAAUAUUAAACAAAAAAUUAAUUAAUGCU